AUGCCCGUCAUGCUAGACUCGGGCGAGUUGCUGGACUCUUUUGUCGCUGCUCGGGUACAAAGCGCUGGUGUGCCCUCAGCUGUAGAUGCGAUAUCGACCGCCAUGCCUUCCCUCAGGACGAUUGGAAAGCUCGCGCUCGGUGGUGCACAGCUUGUGUUGGCACAGGGCGCUGUCAACCCGUUCCAGUCUUGCUCGAAUCCACAGUUGAGUUGUCACAACACGACAGCGGUGGAGAACUUGUGCUGCUUCAAUGCCCCCGGUGGACAGCUGCUGCAGACGCAGUUCUGGGACACCCACCCAGUGACCGGUCCGGUCGACAGCUGGACGCUGCACGGUCUGUGGCCUGACCGUUGCGACGGUACCUACGACGCAAACUGCGACGCUUCGCGCUCGUACUCCAACAUCUCGGCGAUCCUCAAAUCCUUCGGCGCAGACGACACCCUCUCGUUCAUGCAGACAUACUGGAAAGAUUACCAAGGCAACGACGAGUCCUUCUGGUACCACGAGUGGAGCAAGCACGGCACUUGCAUCAGCACACUCGAGCCAGAAUGUUACACCGAGCACAAGCCCACCGAAGAGGUCGUCGACUACUUCAACCGCGCUGUGUCGCUCUAUAAGACACUGCCCAGCUAUGAGUGGCUUGCUGCUGCGGGUAUCACACCCAGCAGCUCGCAGACCUACACAUUCCAGGCCAUCCAAGAUGCACUGGCUGCAAAGCGCCCCGGUGUUGAAGUCACGCUAGGCUGCAAGUCCGGCGAGCUGAAUGAGAUCUGGUACCACUACGAUGUCCGUGGCUCGCUGCAGACGGGCGAGUUUGUUCCCACAAACCCGGACGGCACCAAGUCAACUUGCCCAAAGACUGGAAUCAAGUACCUUCCCAAGGGCGCCAGCCAGCCUACAGCGACGAGCACUACCGUUGGUGGCCCAGCGCCUACCAGUACCUCUGCGCCAGGCACCCCUUUCAGCGGCAAGGGGUACCUGAACGUCCAAGUCGGCGGCGCAAACAAGGGCUGUAUCAUUAGCAAGGGGACCUGGUACACGACAGGCACCUGUGCGACAUUCACCGCAGCCAAUCUCGACGACGGCUUCACACUGACCAGCUCAAAGGGCAAGUGCGGUAUCGUCGGCGGUGCGCUUACUUGCGACACAAGCGUGAGCAGCGGAACUGGCUUCACUGCCGUUGACAGCAGUCUCGCAGCUGGCGGAAACGCAGUUUGGAGCGCAGACAAGGCUGCGAGCGGAAGUACGCAGGUCCCGGUUUACGCUGGAGGGGAUCAUGCACAGCAGUUUGCUCUGACGUGGCAGAGCGCGUAG